GGGAAGAGAAAGAGCAACUUUCAUCGUUCUGCAGUCACGCCAACAUAGAAGAGUUUACAAGACGAGGUGACCCCGGUACUCGUCUCCAUGGCGCCCUUCUUGAGGAUCGCCUUCAACUCGUACGACCUGGGGGUCCUGCCCCCAUUGGCCGAUCCUCCCUUCUGUGCCAUCAAGAUGAAGGAGGCACUGACAACUGAGCGAGGUAAGACCCUCGUUCAGCGGAAACCCACCAUGUACCCGGCAUGGAAGGCCAGUUUUGAUGCACACAUCUACGAGGGCCGUGUGCUGCAAGUGGUGCUGAUGAAGACAGCAGAGGAGCCACUGGCUGAGGUCACUGUCGGCGUGUCUGUCCUCGCCGAGCGCUGCAAGAAAGCUAAUGGACGUGUUGAAUUCUGGGUGGAUCUCCAGCCUUCUGGCAAAGUGAUGAUGGCAGUGCAGUAUUUCCUGGAGGGAGCUGAUACAGAGCGUAAGCAGCCUGUGAAGGAGGAGGAAGCCCCUACCCUGAACCGCAGACGAGGCGCCAUCAAGCAGGCGAAGAUCCACUUCAUAAAGAACCACGAGUUCAUCGCCACUUUCUUCAGACAGCCUACCUUCUGCUCUGUGUGCAGGGAGUUUGUCUGGGGCCUCAACAAGCAAGGCUAUAAAUGCAGACAAUGCAAUGCAGCCAUCCACAAGAAGUGCAUCGACAAAAUCAUUGGCAGAUGUACCGGUACAGCUGCCAACAGUCGGGACACUGUGUUCCAGAAGGAGCGCUUUAAGAUCGACAUGCCGCACCGCUUCAAGAUCAACAAUUACAUGAGCCCCACGUUCUGUGACCACUGUGGAAGUCUGCUGUGGGGUCUGGUCAAACAAGGCCUGAAAUGUGAAGAUUGUGCCAUGAAUGUACAUCACAAGUGUCAGGAUAAAGUAGCCAACCUAUGUGGAAUCAAUCAGAAACUACUAGCUGAGGCGCUCACACAAGUCAGCCAGAAAUCAUCCACUCGCCGCUCAGAUCCAAACCUUCCUAAUCUGACUGAUAUUGGAAUCUAUGAUGAAGUUAACAAGAAUGCCACUCUGGAUGUCAAUGACGCUCCGUACGGCAGACUAUGGGAGGGCUCCAGCCCGCGGCCCGUGUCUCGCAUCACUCAUUUGACCCGCGUCAACGUGGACAACUUCACCCUCCACAAGGUCCUGGGAAAGGGCAGCUUUGGCAAGGUCCUCCUGGCAGAGUUGAAGGGUCGUGGAGAAUACUUUGCAAUAAAAGCUCUGAAGAAAGAUGUGGUGCUGAUGGACGAUGAUGUGGAGUGCACUAUGGUCGAGAAGAGAGUGCUGGCACUAGCCUGGGAAAACCCCUUCCUUACACAUCUGUACUCCACCUUCCAGACCAAGGAGCAUCUCUUCUUUGUGAUGGAGUAUCUCAACGGAGGAGACUUGAUGUUUCAUAUUCAAGAGAAAGGACGCUUUGACCUGUACAGAGCCACGUUCUACUCAGCUGAGAUCAUUUGUGGUCUUCAGUUCUUACAUUCCAAAGGGAUCAUCUACAGAGAUCUUAAGUUAGACAACGUGAUGCUGGACCACGAGGGACACAUAAAGAUAGCUGACUUUGGCAUGUGCAAGGAGAAUGUGUUUGGAGAGAACCGGGCCACUACUUUCUGCGGUACUCCUGAUUAUAUCGCUCCAGAGAUCCUGCUGGGACAGAAAUACUCGUUCUCAGUUGACUGGUGGUCGUUCGGGGUGCUGCUGUAUGAGAUGCUGAUUGGCCAGUCGCCGUUCCAUGGAGACGAUGAGGAUGAGCUGUUUGAGUCCAUCCGAAUGGACACACCGCACUACCCUCGCUGGAUCACCAAGGAGGCCAAAGACCUGCUGGAGAGGUUGUUUGAGAGAGACCCCACUCGCAGGCUGGGAAUUGUGGGUAACAUCCGUGUACACCCAUUCUUCAAGACCAUCAACUGGCAAGCCCUGGAGAGGAGGGAGGUGGAGCCCCCCUUCAAACCCAAAGUGAAAGCGCCCAAUGAUUGCAGCAACUUUGAUCGGGAAUUUCUCAGCGAGAAGCCCCGUCUCUCAUACAGCGAUAAGAACUUCAUAGACUCCAUGGAUCAGUCGGCGUUUGCUGGUUUUUCAUUCAUCAAUCCCAAGAUGGAGCACCUCCUGGAGAAGUGAGGAGCAGAUUCCAGUUUGACAGUAAAGCUAGGGUUACAUCAGUGCUGUUGAUGGGACAGUUCACUUCGACAUCUGCUCUGUCACAGGAUCAAACUGUGAAAUUAACGAGCUGUCCCAUGUUCAGUAUUUGUUGGACCAUCUUUUAAGCACAAAAAAGUCCUUAUUGGGUAUAUGUAGAAAUUAUAAGAGUAAAAACGGGCCCUUGUAAAUACUGGUGUUAUUGUAUUUGUGUGCAUGAUAAGUUGUCUAAGUGUUAAGGACUGUAUGAGUAAUAACUAUUAAGGUGGGAGGUUGAAAAUACUUACAUUCCACUUGACGUCACAGCUACCUUCUGCAGCCAUUUUAGGAAUACACUUUAUACUUGAAGUCUCCAGUAGAUUGUGUGUGUGUGUGUGUGUGUGUGUGUGUGUGUGUGUGUGUGUGUGUGUGUGUGUGUGGAUGAGCCGACUGCAUGUUCAGACACCUCAGACCAACAAACCCACCCAUCUCUCAAUAUAGCUUAUCAAUGAAUGUUAUCUGUUUUUGAAAGAUCUGACUGAAUUCCUUUCUUUGAUUGGUUAAUUCAUGUUUUUUUUUUUUUUUUCUGGCAAAGCAGAAAGUGUCUGGUUUGUGUGGUUGAUUAAACUGUGCCAUGUAAAGAACAAAUUUAAACAGAGCAAUAGCAGGUGCUCCUGCUGUAUCACAAGACAAGACCAUGUUUACAGACGGAUGGAUAUUGCGUGGGAAAUGCAGUAAUGUUACAUGAGUGGGUAGACAUGAGUGGGGCUGUAUAUAUAGAUAAUAUAUUGUAUAUGUAUAUUGUUGCAACAUGUAUAUUGGUUCACUAUGGAUGUAGGUUUUUUUUUUUUUUUUUUUACUGUCUCCAUAUUUUACAUCUAAUUAAAAAACCAUCAACUCCCAAGUCUGCUUGUGGUCCUUUAAUACUUGCUUUUGCUUUGUUUUCCUCUUUCUUGAUAAUUA